CAAAUUAAUUUUCAAUAAUUCAUUGGGCAUUUUGGUCAUUUUGGUUGGCUACAAGCGCUAUAAGAGAUCCCCAACCCCAAAGAAAAUCUUCACACAACCAUUCAAAGCUCAGAAUUCAGAUCUAAACGUAAUCAAAUUUCUCUCCUCUCUCUCAAGAUGCAGAUCUUCGUGAAAACCCUUACUGGAAAGACAAUCACCCUCGAGGUGGAAAGCUCAGACACCAUUGACAAUGUUAAGGCUAAGAUCCAGGACAAAGAGGGAAUUCCACCUGACCAGCAGAGGCUGAUCUUUGCUGGGAAGCAGCUAGAAGAUGGCCGCACCCUGGCUGACUACAACAUUCAGAAGGAGUCCACCCUCCAUUUGGUACUCCGCCUUCGUGGUGGCAUGCAAAUUUUUGUGAAAACCCUCACUGGCAAGACAAUCACCCUUGAGGUUGAGAGCUCAGACACAAUUGACAAUGUUAAGGCUAAGAUACAGGACAAAGAGGGCAUUCCACCAGACCAGCAGAGGCUGAUCUUCGCUGGUAAGCAGCUAGAGGAUGGCCGCACCCUUGCCGACUACAAUAUUCAGAAGGAGUCCACUCUCCAUUUGGUGCUUCGCCUUCGUGGUGGCAUGCAGAUAUUUGUGAAGACUCUUACAGGGAAGACAAUCACCUUGGAGGUUGAAAGUUCUGAUACUAUUGACAAUGUCAAGGCCAAGAUUCAGGACAAGGAAGGGAUCCCUCCAGACCAGCAGAGGUUGAUCUUUGCUGGUAAGCAGCUUGAGGAUGGCCGCACCCUUGCAGACUACAACAUCCAGAAGGAGUCCACCCUCCACUUGGUGCUCCGCCUUCGUGGUGGCAUGCAGAUAUUCGUGAAGACCCUUACAGGUAAGACAAUCACCUUGGAGGUUGAAAGUUCUGAUACUAUUGACAACGUGAAGGCCAAGAUCCAGGACAAGGAGGGCAUCCCGCCAGACCAGCAGAGGUUGAUUUUUGCUGGAAAGCAGCUUGAGGAUGGCCGCACCCUUGCAGACUACAACAUCCAGAAGGAGUCCACCCUUCAUUUGGUUCUUCGUCUUCGUGGAGGCAUGCAGAUCUUUGUGAAGACCCUUACUGGGAAGACCAUUACUUUGGAGGUAGAGAGUUCGGACACUAUUGACAAUGUGAAGGCUAAAAUCCAGGACAAGGAAGGAAUCCCACCAGAUCAGCAGAGAUUGAUUUUUGCUGGAAAGCAGCUUGAGGAUGGGAGGACCCUUGCUGAUUACAAUAUCCAGAAGGAGUCUACUUUGCACCUUGUCCUUCGCCUUCGUGGUGGUUUCUGAGUUGCAUGGUUGUGUCUACUUUGUUAUUAAUAUCUACUAGUUAUGCCUUAAUGGCUUUAAAUAAGUUUUAAACCCUCCGAAACUUGUUAUUUUGGAAUGGUUGUAAGUACUUUACUAAAGCUGUUCUAAGUGGCCGCUAUAAGGUCAUUGGUACUUUAUUUUAGAGGCAAUAAAGCUGGCUUGACUGGCCUAUGUAAUAUUCUGGAUUUC